AUGCGUCAUAGGUCACAUGCACAUGUCAACUUUGGACCACUGGCCUGUGCACUCCAACCACCUCUGGUGACUUCGCCGUCAGCGGGCUCCUCCCACCAUCUAGUGCCCCCAGGGGCCAUCCAACAACGCCGGUGUUGCACCAACCACCACCCGCUUGCCCUCCUCACCCUCUGCCGCCGUGUCUCGCCCAUCCAACACCCCCAGGGGUCAUCCAAUGAUGCUCCUGGUGCACGAACGACCCCAAACUGUGACGUUUGGGGUCAUUUGCGUGCGUUUUCGCUGCCGCCUGCCUGGUUCACCCCACCACACCCGCUUGCCCUCCUUGCCCUCCGCUGCCCCUUCUUGCCCAUCCAACAGCCCAGGGGCCAUCCAAUGACACCCCUGAGUUCGGGCUCAUUCGCGUGUGUUCUCAUGCCGCUGCCCACCUGGUUCACCCCACCACCACCCCCUCGCCCUCCACCACCCCUUCUUGCCAUCCAACACCCCCAGGGGCCAUCCAACGACACCCCUGGUGCACAAACAAGCUCGAACUUCAGAGUUUGGGCUUGUUUGGGCUUGUCUUUUGCCGCUGCCUGCCUGGUUCGCCCCACCACCACCCUCCUCGCCCUUCUUGCCCUCUGCGGCUGCCUCUCGCCAUCCAACACCCCCAGGGGCCGUCCAACAACACCCCUGGUGCACCAAUGA